AUGUCGGGCAAGGACCGCGAACCAGUCUUCCCGACCCGACAAGCGCUCGGCAUCAUGAAAUCCAAGCUCAAAGGCGCCCAAGUCGGCCACGACCUGCUCAAGCGCAAAUCCGAAGCCCUCACCAAGCGUUUCCGCGAAAUCACCAAGCGCAUCGACGACGCCAAGCGCAAGAUGGGUCGCGUCAUGCAGAUCGCCGCCUUUUCGCUGGCCGAAGUGACUUAUGCUGUGGGGAAUAACAGUAUCGCAUACCAGAUCACGGAGACGGCGAGGCAGGCCAAGUUCCGCGUGAGGACGAAGCAAGAGAACGUCAGUGGUGUGUUUUUGCCGGCUUUUGAGAGCUUUCAGGUCGAAGGCGCCAGUGAGUUUGGCAUGACGGGGUUGGGCAAGGGUGGACAGCAGGUGCAGAAGUGUAGGGAGACGUAUACGAGGGCUGUGGAGACGCUGGUCGAGUUGGCGAGCUUGCAGACGGCGUUUGUGAUUCUGGAUGAGGUGAUCAAGGUGGUGAAUCGGAGAGUCAACGCCAUUGAACAUGUGAUCAUCCCACGAACCGAGAACACGAUCAAGUACAUCAACUCGGAACUCGACGAGCUGGACCGAGAAGAGUUCUUCCGGCUGAAGAAGGUCAAAGGUGUGAAAGAAAAGGUUCAAGCGGAGGAGGAGGCAGAACGACAGAAGAAGAAGAAGAGCAGCGACAAGGAGAACGAAGCGGAGCCGGAGUCAAAGAAUGUACUAGGCGACGACGGCGAUGAGGAUGUCAUCUUUUAG